AUGGCGAUUCUCGAGUGGACGCGGCAGGACAAGCCGCCGAAACUUCUCAAGUUGCGAUCAUCAGCUGGUCUAAUCGUCACCACCUGUUCUUUUGCCAUCUUUACUGACAUCUUCUUGUACGGCGUCAUCGUCCCUGUGCUGCCAUUCUCUCUCGAAAACCGGGUUGGCAUCAGCACAGACAGAGUCCAGUACUGGGUUUCGAUAGCACUGGCCGUCUAUGGCGCCGCUCUUCUCGGCGGGUCUCCUGUUUGGGGAUACCUGGCAGAUAGAAUCCAGAACCGCCGAAUCCCAAUGCUUAUUGGUCUCAUCUUGCUGGCUGGAGCUACCGUCUUCCUCUGCGUAGGACGAAACCUCCCGCUCUUCCUCGUCGGCCGUGUCCUCCAGGGUAUAUCAGCGGCUCUCACCUGGACUGUUGGUCUGGCCUUGGUUGUCGAUACUGUGGAUAAGGACCAUGUCGGCAAGGCAAUGGGCUGGAUCAGCAUGGCCUGCAGUCUUGGCAUCCUGACGGCACCUCUACUUGGAGGGGUUGUGUAUGGCAAGGGGGGUUACUACUCUGUGUUUGCCAUGUGUUUUGGUCUGCUUGCAGUAGAUAUUGUUCUGCGUCUCGUCAUCAUCGAGGUCAAGGAGGCCAAGGUAUGGCUUGACAAUGCAGAGAUUGCAACGUCCACCGACUUGGAGGGCGUUCAGGCUGGUGAGUCCAAGGGAGAGGGCGAGGGGGAUUCGAAGACCCCAGCGCAAACAACAGAUGAAUCGACCAAGGAAGAACUGGACCCAUCGCGAACGCCCAUCAAGACACUGGUCAGACUGCUACGACGACCUCGCUUCUUGGCUGCUCUCUGGGGAACACUCGUUCAGGCAAUUAUCCAGACCGCCUUAGAGAGCACGCUUCCUCUACUCACCAAGGAGAUAUUCGGCUGGGACUCAAUUGGUGCAGGACUCAUCUUCCUCCCCAUCAUUCUGCCCUCGUUUCUCGGCCCCGUCAUUGGAAUGAUAAGCGAUCGUUACGGACCCAAGUGGCUCGCCACGUUUGGCCUCUUCUUCGCAACACCCUUUGCCGUGUGUCUGCGGUUCGUCUCGGAGAAUAAGAUCGAGGACAAGAUACUGCUGUGUGGGCUCCUUGUCGGCAUUGGCAUCACCAUGUCGUGCAUUUUCGGCCCUCUCAUGGCAGAGAUCACUUGGUCUGUCCAGGGCGAGGAUGGGAAGGAGGGCGUGGGACAGAUUGCCCAGGCGUACGGCCUGUACAACAUGGCCUACUCUGGAGGAUCAUUGGUAGGGCCCAUCUUGGGCGGAAUGAUCAGAGAUAGUGCUGGAUGGGGGACUGUAGGGUGGUCACUGGGUGUCAUUGUGUUUGUGUCUGCAAUCCCAACGAUGCUAUACACGGGCGGGCCUCUGAAUGUCAAGUUUCGAGGUCGGAGGAGAGAUUCAUCUGAGGCAUAA